AUGUGGGCCUUGGUGGAAGGAGUAGCGGACACCAGUCUGGGAGAGCUACAACAGGCUUUGGAGUCGGAAAACCCUACGACAGUGUGGACCGCAGUGAGGCGCCUUCGGGAACGUGCAAUUGCACUGCAUGUGGCCUGUGGGUAUUUCCUGGGUGCUCAUGGUGGGGCUCGAGCGUUGGCGGAAGGCCGGCGUAAACAGCUGGACUACGAUAAUAAAGUCCAUCUGAAUGAGCGUAUAGGGGAGGAAAUGGUACCGUUGAGGCUGUGGACCAGGGGCCAAGCCAGAGACCAGCAGUGGAAUGUACGAGAUGCUGCUACGGUACUUAUGGGAGGUGAUAGGAACUUCCUACCAGAGUUGACGGCUGAUCUAGUGGGUAGCAUAGGGAAACCCUAUGUGGUGUCAUCUUCCUUAACGAUGAAUCCAGAGGCGCGGAGCCAAGCCCAGGAGUACCUUCAUCACCAGCUGAGCCUAUAUAACGUACAAGCUAGACUCCCGGAAGGGGCGCUAUUCUCGGUAGACUCUCAUACUGACACCAUACUGCUGGCCUCUCGCACUGGUGGGUUCUCGGUUCGGGCUAUUUACGAUUUGUCCUCUUGGACGAUAUUGGACGUACGUGUACAUCGGAAAAGAAGGACGGCAUGUCGCAUCGUACUGCAGGCGGUGAUGGAUCAGCUGGUUCGGGAGAAAAGCGAUGAAAAUGGCCUUAGCGUGAUGUACACGUGUGUGGCUAGGAUGGCCGCUCAGUUGCAGUUGAGGAGUCUCCUUCAGCAGGCAAGGGAUCUGAUGAGCUCCUCACCGGAAGGGCCAAUAUGGGGUGUGGAAAAGGUUGGGGACGAUUCGACCGAGAUGGAGAAUUUCGUAAAGAGGAUGGAAGUGAAGCUGUGCCCGGGCGCGGUGGUGACCACGAGCCAGGCGGGGAAGUGGUCCCCAAUGAUAGUAUGGUCCGCAGGAGACUCCGGGGUCAAGGCGAGCCUCAUGGGGGACUGGCUCUGUCCGGACCAACUAGAG